GCUGAAUGCCUCGACCACAUUGGCGCUGGGAUCGAAACUACAGGUGAUACCUUGUGUUGGCUCGUUUGGGGACUCUCUCAGCCCAAACACGAGGGAAGAGUCCAAAAACUUCACAACGAGCUUGUCGAAGCAGGGAAUGAUCGGCCUCUUCACAAACUGCCCUAUCUCAACGCUGUUGUUCAUGAGGGUUUGCGUUCAUUUGCCCCAAGAACGAUGUCGCUUCCACGUUACGCGUCAAAACAGAGCGCCUUUAUUGAUGGAUAUUUCAUCCCCAAGAAUUCGAUCGUGGCGUGUAACUCCUUUAGCAUGCAUCGCCUGGAUGAGAGUACGUUCCCGGACGCAUGCCAAUUCGUUCCUGAGAGAUGGUUGGAUUCAGAAGACAACACUGAUCGACAACGUUUAUUUCUUGCCUUUGGGCUUGGCCCACGGACUUGCAUUGGGCGGCAUCUUGCUAUGGCUGAGAUGAGAGCUUGCUUGAAUGCAGUCUACUCCAAGUAUCGUACUAGACCCUCCCCGGAUAUGCGGUCGAGUAUGGAGAUGGACGAUCAAGUUCUGACAUCCCGUCCUCGAGAUCUGUGCUACAAGACACAGUUCGUACCUUGGGACCUAGAGGCAUGGUUCUCCAGAGUGCCUUCAUCACACGCAGUUGAGGAUCACUGGCAUCUGUUGCUUGGCAAUCGGGCUGGCACAGGUAUAGAAGCUUAG